AUGCCCAAGUUAAUUUAUCCUAGAGACUAAAAAGAUAUAAUCAAGAAAAUGGUUACGAUUGGAAGUAAAUAUGAAGUAUCUCAGACCUAAACCUUAUCUCCAAGCUCUGCUGCUCCUAUUGCUACGCCUACUUCAACUUAAAAGCAUUAAAAACGUAAAUUUGUCCCUCAUUUGUUCAAUAAAUAUGUGGGCUCACCAAAGUAUCUUUAAGAGAUAAACAAAGUUGAUAUUUCUUUAAGAAAUAUGGAGAUAUUAAGUUAAUAAGAUUCAGCUAAAAAAUCAAUGCAGUAAUCUUGCAAUUUCAAUCUCACAGCAACAAGCUUUAACUCCUAAAUAUUUGCUUAAAAUACUGAUGAUAUUUCAAAUGAUAUCUAGAAUAAAGCUAGGAGAUCCUCCUUUCUGAGUUUUACAAGAAAUGGAAAUCUUGAUAAUGCUAAGACAACUCAGACAUUGGAUGGAAGAAUUGAGAUUGACUUGAAUAAAACUUCAUAGACAUUUAGUAUAUCAAGGAAUAACAUCCCAGUCAAACGAAUAUUAACUGCUUCUAGGUAUAAUUCUAAAUUAUAAAGAUAGUCAUCUAAUUAGAGAACUUCAAAGUAAUAAUAAGACACUAUUUCAAGUUCUCCAUAAGUUCAGUAUAAGAAGAGUGAAUUUAAAGAUUUUGAAGAAGAAUAAUAUUAGAAGAUGUUUAGAUUUAGUGGUCAAAUACAAAAUCAUGAGAAUAGAAAGAAUAUAUAUGAGAUUUUAUAAUAAGAAUCAGUCAAGCUAAGCAAGAAGUACAAUAUCUCUGAGCUUAAAAUAAAGCUAAAGUAACUUAAGAGGAAUGCAGAAUUAUCUCCCAGACAAAAUGAAAUAUCACCUAGUCAUUCACCUGUUAAUAAGCAUGAGAAAAGUCUCAUAAGCAGAAAUUAAUAAAAUAGAGCAUUAUCUAUUCAGUCAAAAUCCAGAAACAUUCAAAAUUUAAUAUAGCAAAUAGGAGCAUCAUAGAAAAGUUAAGAAUCUAUAGAAAAAACUUCUAAUAAUGCAAUAUAAAAUUAUGCUAAAGUACCCUUGGUAUAUCAGGAAUAUCUUGAUCAUGAUACCAAGAAAAGAACAUACUAUGCUAGUAGGGAUGGUGAUGAGCAAAUUAAAUCCAAUCAGAGCACAACAAAUAAUCUGCAGAAAUACCAAUUGAAAUUCUAAAACUAAAAUCACAAUCGAAAUAAAAGUGCUAUUUAGAUAAAUAAUAACUUUGUAAGGAAGAACUACUGGAUCACCAAAUAGGCACAAGAUAGCAAGCUAUCUUCAAGAAACAAGGUUGAUCUCGAUCAAAACCAAACUUAGCAGCCUGAGAGAUUUUUAAAAAAGCUGGUUAUUCAAUCAUAGUCCGAGUAUGAACACAACAGAAGUUCAAGUAGAUAGUAAGAAUCAAUUACAUUGGAUUUCGACAGUAGCAUGAUGUCCGAGACAGAUAAAUUUUUCUCUAGAAAGAGCGCAUUAAAUUUUUUGUGA